UUGGCGGAGGGAUGAGCCUGGGCUGGGCUAGGCGGGAGAGCGGCUCCAUUGGCUGGGCCUUAGCCAAAGCGGGAUUGUUGCUAGCAGAGGAAAUGGACGGGUGGAGGCAGAAAGCUGCUGUCUCCGGGAUGGAGAGGGUUCCUCUCCACGCUACUCGAGGCUAAGCGCCUGUGCUUGCAACCGACUGGGAAGGAAUCGCAUUGCAAAAGGGCUUCUGAUCUCUCCUGCCGGCUUCAGAUAGAGAAAACAGUGCUUUGUUUACAAAGAGUGCCGGUGAGCACGUUACUGUGAUGGCUUGCAAACAGAUUGGAAAGUGGGAAAAGUACGGUAAAAGGUAUUGCAGAGACUGGGAAAGAGAAGCUGGAUUAAAAGACUGGGUUCGGAGGGUACCAGGAGAUGAGUCAAAAGCAGCAUGCGGAUACUGCAUGUGCGAAAUCAGAGCUCACCACAGCGAUCUUGUGUCGCACAGUAAAACUAAGAAGCAUAAGAAGCACGUUGCGUUGCUCUCACAGCCUUCAAUGAAUGUGGAUAAACACUCCUAUGAGUUUGAGAAGCGGCAUUCAUUGCAACUUGAAAAAGAAAUGUCAUUUGGAGCCAAACCAGACACAUUCGAUGAAUUCAAGCAUCUGGAAACGAAUGAUUCCAUGAAUGUGUGUGCUCUGAAAUUAGCCACACACAUAGCUUGCCAUAUGAGCAUUUUUACUGUUGAUCACCUGGGAUGUAUUAUUGGUGGAAUGGCCGAGAAAGACAUAAGCCUUCAUAGGACAAAGUGCUCUACAAUUAUAAGAGAUAUCAUAGGUCCUACAGUCCACAAAGAGCUGCUUCGGGAUAUUGGCAACGGACACUACUCCUUGAUCAUUGACGAAAGUUCUGACGCAUCUUCGCAGAAGCAGCUUUGCUUGAUGGUGCGAUACUUCAGCAAUAAGCUGAAAUGCAUUGUAUCCUCCUUUGUAGGGUUAAUUACUUUCAAUGACACUGAUCUAAUCACAGAGGCUCUCUUAUCAUUCCUAAACGAAAAUAAGCUCAACAUAAAGAAGUGUGUUGGAAUCGGUGCCGAUGGGCUCAGCGCAAGUCUAUGUGGUCACAAAAAUUCGCUGCUCAAAAAGUUUUGUGAACUCAAUCCUUGCGGUGUUUUUAUUAAGUGCACAUGCCACUCCAUUUAUCUGUGCUUAUCGAGAGCGAUCGAUGUGCUUCCCCUGAACCUAGAAUAUAUGGUUGCGCAGACCUACUUGUGGUUUUCUCAAAGCACGUUUCACCAGAAACGGUACGCUGAACUGUACGCUGCAAUCAACGUUGGAGAGGUUGCCCUGAAGGUGCUGCAAGUUACCGACACGCGAUGGCUGUCUAUUAGCCCUUGCAUUAAUAGAAUACUUAGCCUGUAUGAUACUCUGAAGUUGCAUUUUCAGUCUGUAAAAGACACUGAAAAGGACUACAGUGCUGAGCUGCUCUAUCAAAUGUACUCUGAGCCUCUUAACAGACUUUACCUGGUUUUUCUGCAGCCUCUUGUCCAGGAAGCAAACAGGCUCAGCAAGUUAUUUCUUUUGGAAACUGCUAAUCCAGUUAAACUGAUUACUGAGUUAGUGAUGUUCUACAAGACUCUGUUACAGAGAGUCGUGAAGCCUUCUGCCUUUCCAACAUGGUCAUCCAUAAUGAACUAUGACAUUAGAAGCAAGCAAAACUACCUGGCCCUCUCCGAAGCUAAUCUUGGGCAAGUGUUCCUCUCGGAAUUAGCAGAAGCCAAAAUCUCUUGCCAAAUUAGAGGCGCCAUUCAAACGGCGUGUCGGGAUUGUGUUUUUGAGCUUGCAAACCAAGUAAAGCUUCGCCUGCCCCCAAAUGUGGAUCAUCUUGAAUCGCUCACCGCUCUAAACCCUUCAGUUGUUCUGAGUCCCCUAAGACCUGCAUUUUCAGCUUUGUCGUUUUUGUCAUUAUACAGAGGGGAUCGCUUGCAAUUGGAGCAACAGUGGAGGAAUCUGGAUACAGUUUCUUGGACAAACACAGAAGAUAGCCAGAUAGAACAAUUCUGGGUAGAGGUUGUAAAACAUACAGAUGAGGUGGGAGAUAAAGAUUUUGUCGAGCUAGGAUUAUUUGCCCUUGCACUUCUCACCCUGCCCUUCAGCAGUGCAGCCGUGGAGUGUACAGUUUCACAAAUGAAUCUGAUAAAGCACAAGCUGAAGAACAGGCCGCAGGACAGCCUGCUAGAAAAUAUUCUAAGGAUCAGAGCUUACAUGCACAGAAAUAAGAUUUGCUGCAACCAGUUUCAGCCAUCCAAAGAGAUGGUUUCUUUGUUCAGUAGUGAAUUUUAUGCUGUUGCUAAUAGCAAGGAUGCUAUAGAAGGCUACGAUGAUAUUUUUUGAAGAAGAAAAAGCCAAGAUUUUUAAAAUUGCAUUCUUAUAAGAGCAUUGAGUGACUAUUUGCCUUUCUGACAUUCUCUUACUAGUGAAUUCACUGUUUUUAGUGUCAUUUCCACUGGUUUUUCAAUUCUGUGUUUCAUCUGAAACAUGCUGCCUUUUACUGCAGAAGUAAGAUACUAUUGAUUAAAUAUGUAGUUUUGAAUAUGCCUUGUAUUUUUGCCUCUGCUGCAGGCUUCCAGGUGCUCGCAACUAGUGAGACUGUGAGAGAUCUCAAGUUCUUAAAAUCUGUUAUUUCAUGUUACUCUCUUCUGUCAUUUAAAAAUGGUUCUGCAUUCUUAAAAAUAGCUUAAAAUCAGACUAUACUACCUGGCGACAAUAUUUAUUGUGCAGUCUUGCAUGUAAAAAUGCUGAAGCAGAGACUGGAAUUUAUAGAGCUGCCGAGAUUCAUGUAGAAGGCUUGAGUCAGCUCAGUGAAAUCUACUCUUCCGUUCCCUUUAAUCAGCUGACUGUCACACUAUAUCACAUACACCACUUUUGAAACACCUUUCAGUUUCAAAAGCAGUUUGGUUUUGUUGGGUGUCUGAGAACACAGAACUAGGUUUACAUUUCUUUACAUCCUAGCCAACAUGUUUGCAUCAUCUACUGUUGAGAACUAAAAUAGGAAAACCAAUUCACUGAUGAGAAACAAACCCUGAAAUUAGUAUAUUAAACUUAGUUUGCUUAAGUUUGCUUAAUUUACUCCUCUGAAGUCAGUAGGAUAUUUUAAUAAAAAUAUUGAUAAGUGACUCCAAAGUUGUAUCGAGCAAGGAUUUAAUGGUAGCUCAGUGUGAGUUUAGUAGAGUUUUAAAUUUGCUUUCGGAAUAAUACUGUUCUUUCAGAAUACAGUAACCUACAGUAAAUAUUGGGAAUGAGCAGGGAUUGGAAGCGGGCAUCAGCUUCAGUUUAGUGCAAACAUCAAAUCUUCAGGUGUCUAUUUCUAGACAACAGUAUCUUCUGGUAACACACAAAUUAAAACCCAUACCAAACUGAGCUGGCUAUUGCAUGAAUAUUUGACAAAUGGCAGGAACUGAGCAGUGAAUGCAUACAUGAUUAGAGGGCUGGAGAAGAAAAUGGAGUCAACUUGUAGCUUGACUGUUUUAAAAAUACGUAAACAUACUGAUUACAAGCUUCUUAUGUUGAACAUAAUUGUUAGACUGCUAGCUUUGAAUGCAAACUAAAGCUUACUUACCGAGACCUAAGUUUUCUGGAGAGCUUUUGAAUGAACUUUUCUAAAAUCUGGAUAUAAAUGGCAAAACAAAAUGUAUCUGUAUGACAAGAUAAAUUAUUAGGUUUAGAAUUCAAAUUUGCAAGAGGCUUUUGAAAAAGAUAUAUAGCUUUUGGUUAUAUUUGCAUUAUUAUUAGCAUGUAUUUCAUUCAUUCUUUGGGAGUGUGGUGUAUUAAGACAGACGAUAACAGAUAUAAACCUUCUUUGCUGACAUUUUUAAAAAAAUUCCUCAUGAAAACUGCAGCUCUACUUUACACUAAAAGGAUAAUGAUUAAUACAUAGAGUGGGAAAAUACAUCUGUGUCCAUUAACAUUACAGUUUUAGGAACUGACAUUUUUAAUUGACUCAUCUAAAAAAUAUAUAUAUAUAGCAAUAUACAGUUGUGAAAGCAGUCUAAAAAUACAAAGCGACAUUCAAUGCUUUUAAAAUUCAGAGCAGGCCCAUUUAAAUCAAUAAGACUUUAUUUCAGUAGGUACAUUAUGGGUAUGAGUUAGUUGACUUACCACCCAAAAGGAUCUUCACUGUAUUCUAGAUAUUUGAACAAAUGUUUGUUGUUUAUAUAAAUAAUUAUUUUUAUAAUAAACGUUUACAUUGUUUUGAA